AUGACGACCAGGCUGCACGGCGGCGGCUGCCCGCCAGCCCAGGCACCGGCGAGGCCCUCGAGCGUUCGCGCUCUGCAAAAGUACGGGCGCGAUGGCCGCCCGGGAUGCGCGUGCGGCGCGACAGCGGCUCCUCAGGAAUCCAGGGCCCUGUCGGACAUCCAGGUGGGCGAGGGUGUGGCUCGGGUCGCAGUGCUUGGAGCCUCCGGGUACACAGGCGCAGAGGUGGUGAGGCUUGGCGCACUGCACCCAAAUCUGAAGAUCGCUGCCCUCACCGCAGACAGGCAAGCAGGGAAGGCAUUCUCUGAUGUCUUCCCUCACCUUGUCACAGCGACUGAUGUCCCAGAGCUGGCAAAGAUCGACGAUGUCGACUUUCACAACAUCGAUGCAGCUUUUUGCUGCCUGCCACACGCCACCACCCAGAAGAUAAUAGCUUCCUUGCCCCCAUCCAUCAGGGUUGUGGACCUGUCUGCUGACUUCAGGCUCAGGGACACAGCAACCUACAAGGAGUGGUAUGGGGGCGACCAUCAGGCCCCAGAGCUUCAAAAGGAAGCUGUCUAUGGCUUGACAGAGAUCUUCAGAAGUGCCAUACAGAGUGCUCGACUCGUUGCCAACCCGGGCUGCUACCCAACUUCCAUCUGCCUGCCGCUGUUUCCCCUCCUGCAGCAGCAGCUUGUGCAGAAGGAUGGCAUUAUAAUUGAUGCCAAGUCAGGUGUCACUGGAGCAGGGCGUUCUCCUGCAGAGUCCAAGCUGUUUUGUGAAGUCGCCGAUGGGAUGCAUGCGUACGGUGUCUCCAGCCAUCGCCAUAUGCCAGAAAUAGAGCAGUGCCUGUCUGAUGCUGCAGGGUUCCCUGUACGCGUCUCCUUCACGCCCCACCUGGUCCCCAUGUCCCGAGGGAUGAUGUCCACGAUCUACGUGCAGAUGUCCGAAGGGGUGACCGCCAACACCCUGCGGUCUGCGCUGCAGCACUUCUACGAUGCGGAGCCGUUCGUUAAGGUCCUGCCGGCCGGCACAUUCCCCCAGACGCGCCACGUCCGGGGUUCCAACCUCAACCUGAUCGGCGUUUCAGAAGACAGGCUGAGCGGCCGGGCGAUCAUCUUGUCCGUCAUUGACAACCUGGUGAAGGGCGCGUCCGGGCAAGCCAUCCAGAACAUGAACCUGGUGCUGGGCGUGGACGAAACGACGGGACUCAUGCAGCAGCCGUUGUUCCCUUAG